AUGGCCUUCGUACUUUUCUGUUCUGCUUCUCAGUGCACGCUCGGAAGGCCGUUCCAUACUGUUUCAGUUGGCAACGGCGACGGUAAAGCAGAGUGUGCAGAGCUAUCGAUCAACUUGUUUCCUCAACCGCAAACUCUGUGGAAACGACUCAGUCCAAAGUUUUUCAAUAGUGCAGCAUCCAAGGAUCUCCCUGCUGGCCGCCAACUCCCAAAGUCUACUGAGAGAGCCACAUCCUCUAUUUGUAACCUUCUCGCGCCGCCGUCCCGAGUUCGCGGCUCAACUUGGCCCCCCUCGCAGCUCUCAAGUCCCAUCUUGAUGAUCAUUCCAACUUUAUUCCCCCCCUUUGGGACCAACGACACUUCGAAGCCUGUUAGCGAACCACGAGUCCGACUUGUCAGUCUCUUUCUGUCUACUGUUGCGUCGCACUUUGCUUUUCUUGUCUCUCAUGCCGGCACUUGUCACCCGCGGGGAAUUUGCGCAAAUACCGGAGCAUGUCACCCUCCGCCACUCGACUCGACUGCCUGCCAGAUUAUCCCCGAUCCCCCUUCGAUGAUGAUGCCGUGUAGCCAAACAACUUCAGACUGGGCCUGCACGCAAUCUAAUCCAGGCGGCAAACGAAAGCUCCCCGACUGUACGACUUUUGGCGCCUGCAAGGUCCCAGGAGGUCCAGCAGAACCAGCACUAGGAGGUCCAGGUCCCGAGAUCGUGCUCUCCCCUACCGGGGACUACCCCACGCGGCACAUCAUCCAUGCCAAGCAAGCUUAG